AAACUGUUUGACUCGCUCUCACUACUCCCAGCGUACCAGUCUAGCGUUGCGCCACUGCAGAACCUUUUUUAAUAUAACGGGAAUCUUGGACUUUUAGCGCCAAUCUCCCGGGUUCACUGGUAAAUGAUGUUUGGUUGCAUCGGAAGUUUUUUUUUCACGCGUUGAAAAGUUGUCUGGCUUCUUAACUUUUUUUGAGAACACGACUUUUUGCAACUGAAAAAAGUUGAGGUUGAUCAUUACGCAGCGCUGAACGAUGUACGGCCGAUUUUGCAGAGUAAACUUUCCAAGUUUGCGUCACGUGUGAUUCAUCUAUUUUUCACUUUUUUCUUCAGUAGUAACAGUAAAACGGAGCACACGGACGAGCAUUUGAACAAGCACGCUUCCCAAACUUUUUGGGUACUUGGGUCAACUUCUACAACAAUUACAUUCUGAGGUUCCGCUCAGUUGACAGUUGUUUAAUUCAUUCCAUCGCUUAUCUCUGAUAUCGAAACGCAACAUCCCAUCAGGACCUACAGAAGGAGUUAUUUCUUUCCGCGGAUUUGAGUGACUUUCCAGCGUGUGUGUGCGUGUUUGUGGAUCCCAUGGCUCCGUCCAGGGAGGGAGACCGGGCUGCGCUCGGCGGGCUUUGGCCACUGGUUUUGAGCUUGCUGCUGUGCGUCGUGUCGGUGAACGGAUGCCCCCACAAAUGCAGUUGCUCUGGCUCUCAUGUGGACUGCCAAGGUCUGGGAUUUAAAUCCGUGCCCAAAGGAAUACCCAGGAACGCGGAACGCUUGGAUUUGAACAGGAACAACAUCACACGGAUCACUAAAGUGGACUUCUCCGCAAUCAAGAAUCUGAGGAUCCUCCACCUGGAGGACAACCAGAUCAGCGUCAUUGAAAGAGGAGCCUUCCAGGACCUCAAACUGUUGGAGAGACUGCGUGUGAACAGGAACAAGCUCACGGUCCUUCCAGAACUUCUCUUCCAGGCCAACCCCAAGCUUGGACGACUAGAUCUCAGCGAAAACCAGAUCCAGGCGGUUCCAAGGAAAGCGUUCCGAGGGAUGACCAACGUCAAGAACCUGCAGCUGGACAGCAACCACAUCAGCUGCAUUGAAGAUGGAGCGUUUCGGGCACUGCGCGAUCUGGAGAUCCUCACCCUCAACAAUAACAACAUCACCCUCAUCCCGCUGUCCAGCUUCAACCACAUGCCAAAGCUGCGGACACUUCGUCUCCACUCGAACAGCCUCCACUGUGACUGUCACCUCUCCUGGCUCUCUGAUUGGCUCAGAGCAAGACGGGGCUUGGCUCCCUUCACCCAAUGCAUGGCGCCUGCCAACAUGAGAGGCCUCAACGUACCCGAUGUACUAAAGAAGGACUUUGUCUGCAACGGUCCUGCCCAAUCAGAGCCCAGGACCUGUGUGCCCCAGCUGGCUGUGUGUCCGGCCAGCUGCAGCUGUAACAACAACAUUGUGGACUGCAGACGUAAGGGUCUCACCGACAUACCUGCCAACCUGCCCGAGGCCACCGUUGAAAUUCGUUUGGAGCAGAACUUGAUUAAGACUGUGCCAGCAGGAGCCUUCUCUGCAUACAAGAAACUGAAGAGAAUCGAUUUGAGCAAGAACCAAAUUUCUGACGUUGCAGCAGACGCAUUCAAUGGACUACGCUCACUCACAUCACUGGUGCUCUAUGGCAACAAGAUCACAGAACUACCAAAAGGACUCUUUGAUGGACUGGUGUCUCUCCAGCUACUGCUGCUGAAUGCCAACAAGAUCAACUGUCUGAGGGUGAACACCUUCCAGGAUCUCCAGAACCUCAACCUGCUGUCGCUGUACGACAACAAGCUACAAAGCAUCAGCAAGGGCCUGUUUGCUCCCCUGCGCGCCAUCAAAACGCUUCACCUCGCCCAGAACCCAUUUGUGUGUGACUGCCACCUCAAGUGGCUGGCAGACUACCUGCUGGACAACCCCAUCGAGACCAGCGGGGCGCGCUGCAGUCACCCUCGCAGGCUGGCCAACAAGCGCAUCAGCCAGGUCAAGGGCAAGAAGUUCAGAUGCACAGGUCAGGAGGACUACAGGAGUCGUCUGAGUGGCGAAUGCUUCCAGGACCUAGUGUGUCCAGAGAGAUGUCGGUGCGAGGGAACUGUGGUCGACUGCUCCAACCUCAAGCUGACCACCGUGCCCCUGCACAUCCCGGAGCACACCACAGACCUACGGUUGAACGACAAUGAUAUUGCUGUGCUGGAGGCGACUGGGAUGUACAAGAAGCUCCCCAACCUAAAAAAGAUAAACCUGAGCAACAACAAACUGCGAGACAUCCGUGAGGGUGCGUUUGAUGGGGCGGUCGGAGUCCUGGAGCUGCUGCUGACAGGAAACAAACUCACCGGACUUCAAGGACGCAUGUUCAGAGGACUCACUGGACUGAAAACCAUGAUGCUGCGCAGCAACCAGAUCAGCUGCAUUGAUAACGCAACCUUCACCGGGCUGAGCUCGGUGCGUCUGCUGUCGCUGUACGACAACCAGAUCUCCAGCCUCGCCCCGGGAGCCUUCUCAUCGCUGCACUCUCUCUCCACAAUUAACCUGCUGUCCAACCCUUACGUUUGUGACUGCCACCUCGGCUGGCUGGGCCAAUGGCUGAAGAAGACUCGGGUGGUCAGUGGCAACCCUCGCUGCCAGAAGCCCGCCUUCCUCAAGGAGAUCCCGAUCCAAGACGUGGCCGCCCCGGAUUUCACCUGUGACGGCCUAGAGGACAAUAUCUGUCUGCCGUCGUCCCGUUGUCCAGACGUGUGCACGUGUGCCGACGGCGUGGUGCGCUGCAGUAACCGCGCCCUCCGCACCCUGCCCAGGGACAUCCCCAAGGACACCACCGAACUGUACUUGGAAGGGAACAUGCUGACGUCUGUACCAAGAGAGCUGACGUCCCUGAAGCAGCUCUCCCUUGUGGACCUAAGCAACAACAGCAUCAGUACCGUGGUCCCAUUCACCUUCGCCAACAUGACACAACUGGCCACACUCAUCCUGAGCUACAAUCAAAUUCGCUGUAUUCCCGUCCAGGCCUUUGAUGGCCUCACAUCGCUGCGUCUGUUGACUCUCCAUGGCAACGACCUUUCAACUAUCCCGGAGGGCGCCUUCAGCCACCUCACCUCCCUGUCCCACCUGGCCCUUGGGGCCAACCCUCUCUACUGUAACUGUGAUCUCCGUUGGCUCUCUCAGUGGGUGAAGGCCGGCUUCAAAGAACCUGGCAUUGCUCGCUGUACUGGACCACCAGACAUGGCCGACAGACUGCUGCUCACCACGCCUCUGAACCGCUUCCAAUGUAAAGGCCCAGUUGACAUCAGUCUGACAUCAAAGUGCGCCCCCUGUCAGGCGGCACCCUGCCACAACAACGGCACCUGUGUAGCUGACGCCGUGGGAUCCUACCACUGCACCUGUCCGUUUGGGUUCAAGGGUCAAAACUGUGAGGUGAGCAUCAACAGCUGCCUGAGUUUCCCCUGUUCCAACGGAGGAACCUGUCACAUCCAGCCUGGCCUGGAAGACCAGUUCAGCUGUGUGUGUCAACCAGGCUUCGAAGGUCUGAGGUGUGAGGUGAACCCAGAUGACUGUGAAGACAACGAUUGUGAAAACAACUCCACCUGCGUGGACGGAGUCAACAACUACACCUGCAUCUGUCCCCCCAACUACACAGGAGACCUCUGUGAAGAAGUGGUUGAUCCCUGUCUUCAGGGAUUUGAUCCCUGCCUUCAUGACUCCAAGUGUGUACUCUCCGGUCGCACCUACAGGUGUGAGUGCCUACCCGGCUAUGUGGGGCAGAACUGUGAGCAGGACUACAAUGACUGUCUGGAGAACAAGUGCCAGCACGCCGCAGAAUGUGUGGACGCCAUAAAUGGCUACACCUGUGUCUGCAAGGAGGGCUUCAGUGGGCUGUUCUGUCAGAAUCCUCCACCAAUGAUACUGCUUCAGACCAGUCCCUGCGACCAAUCAGAUUGCCAGAACAGCGCGCAGUGCAUUGUGGUGGCCGGGGAGCCUGUCUGCAGGUGCCUGCCCGGUUUCUAUGGCAACAAAUGCCACAAGAUGGCCACCGCUCACUUCCUGGGUCGGGACGCAUACGUGGAGCUGCCCAGCACAAGGCUCCGCCCCUCUGCUCACAUCUCAUUACAGGUUGCUACAGAUAAGGAUAACGGUCUGCUGCUAUACAAGGAGGAUAGCGACCCCUUGGCUCUGGAGCUGUACCAGGGCCACAUCCGCCUCCUCUACGACAUCACCAACUACCCCCCCACCACCGUCUACAGCGUGGAGUCGGUGAGUGACGGUCUCUUCCACACGGUGGAGCUGCUGCUCCAGAACCACUCUCUGAGCCUGGUGGUGGACAACGGCGCCCCCAAGAGCCUGGGCAAGCUGCCACGGCAGCCCUCCGUCGACCACAACACACAGCUGUACAUAGGAGGUGUGCCAGCUCAGGUGGUGGCGUCGGGCCUGCGGCCGGGGCCGGACCGCCCCCUCCAGUCGUUCAACGGCUGUAUCCACAACGUCAGGGUCAACGGCGAACCCCAGGACCUCAGUUACCGGGCAACCGGGAGGGGAGGGGCCCCCCGGACAGCCGAGGGCAAGACCGAGGGCCUCCUUCCUGGGUGCCACUCCUGCAGCGUGUGCGCCCAGGGAGCCUGCAGGCAGAGCGGGGAGAUGGGGGUGACCUGCGAGUGCCUCCCCGGGCGCUCGGGAGCCCUGUGCGACCAGAAGACAGCGCUGAGCCCCUGUCAGAGUAGCAGGUGUGUCCAUGGCCUGUGCGUUCCCAAGGGCCAGUCGUACAGCUGCCAGUGUGGGGAGGGCUUCCAGGGCCAGUACUGCGACCGCCGCCAGCCACCCCCGGCCUGCAGGGGGCAGCGCUGCGGACACGGGGAGUGCCGCGUUGCCGAGACCGGGGAGCCCGUCUGUCACUGCCAGGCAGGCUACACCGGAACCACCUGUGACACAGAGCUCACCUGCCACGGGGAGGUGCUUCGGGAGCAGCUCAAGCGCCACCACCCCAUGAAGACGUGCACGUCGACCACCAAGAUCCCGCGCAUGGACUGCCCCCGCUCCUGUCAGGCCUCGGCGCCCCCGGGGGUCUGCUGCGGCCCCACCAAGAGCCGGCGGAGGAAGGCGGUGUUCCGCUGCACCGACGGGACCUCGUACUCGGAGGAGAUGGAGACGGCCAUGGAGUGCGGCUGUGCCAAGUGCCCGUUGUAAGACAGCCCCCCCCCCCCCCCCCCCCCCCCGGGCGUCAGGGCUGCCUGUUUGUUCUUUUUUUGACCACGCUCCAACACCUCGGCCUCGUGAGUUCUUCCGCGCGACGCACGCGAGUGGCGGGGACCCCGCCUUUUUACCGAGAGAACUGAAACACACACGCCGACGAGUUUGAACCGCCGCCAUCGCACCGCUGCAAGGAAGCCACGAAACAAGCGCAGAAAGGACACGUGUUUGUUGUUUGACAGAGAAAAUAUAUUGUAAGAUAUAAGGGAGAAAAUAAACUUAUUUUUAUUAUGUGCUUUUACUAAAAGAUGAUGGACUUGUGAGUUUGUUCAUUUUAUAAUAUGUGACGUGUUUCGUAUGAAAAGUUAUUUUGUUAUCAUGUAAGAAGUAAACAGCAAAAUAGAUUAACAUUCCUAAAAGUAUAUGAAUUUUUAUGUAUGUGUAAAUCUAUAUAAGUAAAUACCCUAACCCAAUGAAUUUUUAUAUUUUCCUAACGUGAUUGCAUGACAGAUGCGUACAUGCUAAUGAGAGGGAGGCUUUGGAAACAUUCACGUUCAAACAGAUGCGUUUCAAAAUGGUUGCCAAUGACCAUUCGCGAAUAAGGCUUCCCAGAAAAAAGGAAAUGGAAGGCAGCAUACAUCUUUGGAUGAACAUAAUGGAACUGUGUGUGCAUUGGUAACCUGCUUCAGUGAAUAUAGGGUUUCCUCCUCACCCUUGAUUGAUGAUGAUCUCAAUGAAUCAAAAUAAUGAUUUCCAUUGCUGCAUGUCAUUCUCUCUUUGCUGUUCUUUCAUUUGAGGAUCCUCCGUCAGGUUUGGUUGGGUAUUAUGGCCAAGUUGAAAUAUUUUCCAAAAUGUUUAUAUGUUGAUGCUGUACUCUGGUCAUCAUGUAAUGGGAUUAUAUUUUUGCAAAAUAUAAUCAAAUGUAUGAUUACAAAGCAUUUUUAUCCUUAUUUGUUAACAAUUACAACAACAUGUAUUUACCAGUUCAUCAUUUUGGCCUUUUCUUUUCCACAAUCACAAUUCUAUUGUGGUCAUAGAUUUCCUAAUGAAAGUGCAACAUCAGGAAGUGAAUUUUUUGCAGAUUUAGCUAAAUCACCUGCAACAUAAAUAAUAUCUCAAAAGCUAUUAAAGAUUAGAAUCAGACGAUUUGAUGUGGCACAUUGCAGCUUAUGCAGGAAAAACAUUAGCGGUUUUCACAACUUUGUAUAAAAUGUGAAUUGAGAGCAUCUACACAAUGUUACUUCAUGUAUUUUCCUUCUCAAUGUUAUCUGGUAAUGCACUCAAUGUCUUAAUAUAACAACAGCAUUAAAGUUAUUUUCUAAAAGGGACAGUUGAGUACCUAAUGGUGUAUUCAAAGGAACAUUUCCACUGUGACGAACAGAGAAGUGUUGAAAGUGCUUUGAGGGUUGUUGUUAGGAGCACAGCCAGAUGUUUACCUUUUUUGUGAUUUAGCCUUAAUCGCAAAGUAUUGAUCUUACGCCCCCAAAUUAUAUUUGAUUUCAAAUACAUACAUAUGGAUUUUUGAUUUGUAAAAUGUUUCAAAUCGAAUAAACUGAAAAUGAAGUUACAUCUG